AUGUCUGCGCUCCCCAAGUUCACAUGCCCCACACCCUCCCACCCUGCUGUGAAGUUCUCGGGUCGCACAGAUGCAAAGACCACACGUAACUCGACGCGGCAGCAGCAGAACUCCCACCAGCUUCCUACGACCCAACCAUUGGCACAGCCUACCACAAAAGCGUGGACAACAACUCCCAACUCCAACCCUUCCAUUAGCCAUCAGAACGAACAACGGACGAUCCAACCAAGUGCUAUAUUGGACGGGCUACAGUCACACGACCAACCAGAGCGACACAAACAUCAACAUGCCGUGGUCCGAGAUGCCCUGCACAAUUUCACGGAAGCAUUGCUCUGUCGUCGACCUGACGACGCCUUUCACGAGUUCGAACAGCACAAGCGUGACUUGUUUGGUACCUGCGAGGCGCAGUGUCCUGCCGCGACCUGGGACUCCAUACGUGUAUCACUGGAAGCGCAAGUGGCUCAAGUACGGGAUAUUGUUGAGGCAAAUUUCGCCAUGUUUGAAAAUAUUCGCACCAAGCAAAGAAGGGGGAUUGUGCAUGUGAAGGCGUCGCAAAUGUUGCAAAUUCACCAGCGGCAGCUCCAAACCGCCCAACUCGAACAGGAAAAUCUGGCCUACGCGGACUUGGUCGAGCAGGAACGACUGAUCCAAAACCGUCGGAUGGCUGCCAAGCAUGCCUCCAAGCUCAAGACCCGCAAACAACACCAAGAGGCUCUCCUCGUGCAAAUUCAAGCGAAUCCACAUCAUCAAGCAGACCAAGUCAAAGUUAUUGAACGCACUGCAGUUGCAGCUAGUGGAAAAGACCUGUUUAAAUUGCGACCGCCGUGGUGGGUCGAUGACGAUGCGAGCGCAUGUGCCAGUCGUCGGAAUGACUAUGACGUGGACUCUCGGACGGCCAAAUUUGCCAUGCCCGCCGAAAGAUUCGGCCGCAAAGGCGCUCCGUGGUUUGACGAAUAAAUU